CAAGUUAUUUCUCAGCUCAUUGGCUGCCCUAAGCUUUAUCUCCCACCUUCUCUUCCUUGUUAUAGUAAAUUGACUUGAAAUUAAAGGCUUUUCAAGCAGACCCAUCUCAUUGAGUUUACUACUUGCUCUAAAUUUAAAGUCUUUCAAGGCUCCUCCUCCAUGGUUCUUGGUUUAGAGCUUCUUCAAGGCCUUUCAUUUUCGAUGAAUGAGCUGUGUGUUGAUUAAAUUGGAGAGUCUUCUGUCACAUGCCAAUUGGAAGGUGAACUCGUACUUUUGCCUCAAGCAUGAACUUUACUGUGUUUGUUAUUAACGCAUGGACAGUGCAAGUGUAAUACUUGGUGACAAAAGCUCAAGUGACAUUGUUUUACAGUUGAAAAAUAAAGAAGGAAGACCUGAACAUUUCCAUUCACAUAGUUUUGUCCUCAAGAGUAAGAGCGAGUACUUUGCAGAUAGGCUAUCCAAUGGAAGUGCUGCUACUUGUAUUGAAAUUAAGUGCUCAGAUUCUAAUUAUCAACAUCAUGUUGAACUUUUGAGGCUCUUCUAUCUUCCUGCAGACUUACUCUUGGACUCCCUCAGGUCUUUUCAAUCUGCCAUUGGAAUUCUACAACUGGCUGCUUCCUUCGGCUGUGAAGAGAUAACCAAGAGCUGCAUCCAGUACUUGGAGGCUGUUCCUUGGGAGGACAAGGAAGAGGAGGAGAUCUUAAAAGUAGUUUCAAAAUUAGGUCCAAUGGCCAUGCCCAUAUUAAAUAGGAUUCAGCCAGUAGACUUAACAGCAACCAGAAAUGUUUUCAUCUCUGCAGUUCGAUUUGCUACUUGUCGUGGAGGAACUUGCCCUCCAUUUAGAGAUGAUCUCAAAAUUUCAGCUCAAGAGCAAGUUGAAUACAUGCUAGGUGAUGAUGAAGACGUACCACUAAUUACAGCAGAUGAUGAAGUGAAAUUGGAAAUGGUAACGGGUCUAUCUAAAGUUUUUUCUUUGUUUGAAGAGGAACUUUCAUUGAUGCUUGUUAAUUCUGAACUCACAUGUGAGGUAGCGGAGGACAAGAUCAUGCAUAACCUCAGUGACCUUGAAUGGAUGUGUAAUAUUCUAACAAAAAUGGAUCUACUAAAGGAUUUUGUUACUUGUUGGACUGAGACAUCAAAUAAGUUGCUGAGGGUUAUCCAAGACAGCAAAUAUUGUUUGAACAUGUGGGGUCCUAAAGUAAAGAUUAUAGAAAUUACAGCAAAAGUUUUGGAAGCCGUAGGAUAUGGAAAUGUCAUUAUCCAAAGCCCAUUCAGAGUGCAAUUACUGAAGACAUGGUUGCCUUAUAUAAGAACAACAAAGCCUCUUCUGGAUGCUAUGGGCAACAAAGACAUGAGCUUUACUUACAAGAUGGAUGAAGACUUGUGCCACUGUAUCGAGGCAGCAAUGGUCUCCCUAGUUCUGGCUUUACCAUCAGAUGAUCAAGCCGAUAUACUAACAGACUGGAUGAAUGGCGAACAGAUUAAGUACCCUGAUUUAAGUGAAGCUUUUGAGGUCUGGUGCUACAGAACCAAAUCUGCAAAGAGAAGAUUGGUUGAAGGUUUAGAGAAAGCUGGUGAAGCUGCACUCAGCCAGUGAUAUACGGUAUCACCACAAGACUAAUCCGCGCGUGGCACAACGCACGAGUUUCAGUUAUAAAAUUCCGAUUUUAUUUUGUAAUUCCAUAUUUCUUGUUUAGUCUAUCCUGUAUUUUCCCAGUUUUCUUUUCUGAUUAUCAUUGUGGAGGUGGUGAUCAAAGAUGGCAUCUUUUGUAAGAUUGACAGUGGAUAUAGAUGACAUGAAUCAACUGAUUGUACCAAUUUAACCUCAAAAGCCUCUGAGUUGAAUAUGGAGCAUGCAUUUUCUUGAAUAAUGAGUCAAGCCAAAGAAGCUUAUGUUAUCUUAUUGA